AUGACUGGUCGUGGAAAGGGAGGCAAAGGGUUGGGAAAAGGAGGAGCGAAACGCCAUCGCAAAGUUCUUCGUGAUAACAUCCAGGGAAUCGCGAAGCCUGCUAUCCGCCGUUUGGCUCGUCGAGGUGGUGUCAAGCGUAUUUCUGGCUUGAUCUAUGAAGAAACCCGUGGUGUCCUGAAGGUGUUCCUGGAAAAUGUUAUCCGGGACGCUGUCACCUACAUCGAGCACGCUAAAAGGAAGACUGUUGCAGCCAUGGACGUCGUUUAUGCUCUGAAACGCCAAGGACGUACUCUCUACGGAUUCGGCGGUUAAACGUC